AUGAGUGCACCCUGCCAGUUUAAAGAUCAAGUUGUGGGCGAGGUGUUUAUCCCCUCCACAUCGCGAAAGAAGGCGCGCAUGAUGGAAUCGAGCGUGCAGACACUCCCAGUGGUCACAAAGGAAGGGGAAACCCAGUCCGCAUUGAGUGCCCUCAAUCUAUCGGAGCAGCUAGACAAAGCAGUGGGUACUGAGAACCACUCAGCCAAACAAGCCUGCAUGGUUGGGCUCCAAUAUGUAUACGAUACCAAAGUGCCAUAUAACGAGGAGGCGCUGGCGUCCUUCUUGGAGGCUAGGAAAGAUGAGUGCCUCUCAAUUCUUGAUAGUAACACAAAGAGCACGAUCUUCGACAAUUAUGAACCCAAUUGGGUUACCCAUACUACUGAACUUGUGCCAGUUCAUACACUUACAUCUCCCCAUGCAAUUGAAAGCGAGCUACAUGCUCUGGGUCUAUCCUGGAACGCUAGUGGCACGAUGCUGGCGGUAGCAUAUGGUCGUAUCGACACAUCCGGUUGGUGUUACCACAGCGGCUGUGUGUGCGUGUGGAACCUUGCGCGUCAUGAUCUUAACGUUAACAAUCCACACUAUACACUAGAGACCGACAUGUAUGCGACGUGUGUAGCUUUCCACCCAAAAAACUCGUAUAUGCUGGCUGUGGGUACCUAUAGUGGUGAGGUUAUCCUCUUCCCUAACAUCACAGAAGAUAUUCCAAAGGAGUACUCCACACGCAAAGCGAGUUUGGCGCAUCACGAACCUGUAUCAGCGCUGCAAUGGGUACAGGAAAUGCAAGAGCAUCGUGAGGCGCAUCGCUACCUACUCUGUUCUGCAGCACAGGACGGCCAACUUAUGUUCUGGAGCCCGGCUAACAAGAUGGAUACCCCAUUGGCCGUCUUCAGUGUUCGUAACAAACGUCACAUGCUUGUCGGUGUGUCGGCGAUCGCAUACGUUCACUCGACUGGACUGAAAAGCUUAGGUGAGCCUCCAAGCAUCAACAACUCCAUAUUGGUUGGUUUGGAGAGCGGUAAUAUCGGCUGUGGGCGCACACCCUUGAUCAAUAAUGCUACGGAGAGAGCUACUGGUGCGGCUGUUCCGCUGGAGUUGGACUGGAUGGACGGCCACCAGGGUCCGGUACAGGCUCUUAGUACGUCACCCUUCUUUAGGCAUAUGUUCAUGACAUGCUCCUCAGAUGGCACCGUUAAUCUGUACCACAACCUCGAGCGCACGCACAUCUUGGCACUUGAGCCAUCGGCUGACACAAAGCACUUCCUGUACGACGCUCAAUUUAGCCCGUUUCGGCCGAGCGUUUUGGCCGUUGUGUCACGCAGCUCUUUUCUGCACAUCUACGAUCUCCAGCACUCGCGGUUUAGGCCGUUAUUCUCGAUGGAGGCAGGCGUUGAUGGGGCGGCGGUGAUCUGCACCCGCUUCAGUGUGACGUCCGCUGACCGGUUAGCCACCGGCGACGCACGGGGUUGUGUGAGGGUGUGGAAGCUCCCGGCGGAUCUAACACAGAGCACGGAGCAAGAACGUAUGGCCAUGCGCGCUGAGCAACAUGCGGUCAGCGACAAGUCGGAUGAAACAAAAAUGGAUCCUAUUCAAGCUCUUUUGGGGCAUUCAACAUAG